UUAUUCAUUCAUUCAGCUCAAUAUAGUGUAUUUAAUGAGAAACUGUGAUUUUUUUUAGUGAGGUGUUUUUUUUUUUUUUACUGUAUCACGUGUUCGCACGUGUUUUUCUCCGGUUGCCAAGUGACGCCUGUGAAGUCACAGAUCUAGAACAGAUUUAGAAGCGAACAGAACUGACACCAAGUAGUAAAAAAAAGAAUGCGGAGCUUUCAGAAAGCUUUUGUAUGUCGAGAGAGUAAAGUGUUUUUGUUGUAGUUACUCUUAAAAAUGAGUAAUCGCAUUAAGGAAAUUCCACGGCGCUACCUGCUGUUAGCCGCCGGAGCUACAGCUGCAACAGUCGGCUAUUAUUGUUACGCUAAAGGGGAUGAUAAAAAAAAAAAUACAGCAAAAAUGAAGCCCACCACCGAAGUGUAUGAUCAGACCACAGAACCAUCUCUGGUUCGACACUCAGAGGUUGUUCAGGACCAGAUGAUGCAGCUCAAAGAAGAGACGAUCGGGCCAAGAACUCGGAACACUGGGAGCUCCGGAGUGACAUGUAUAGCUCGACAGAGAGAGAGAAAAAUUGUUAGGUGCUGCAUUUUCACCUCACGCUGAUCUUCUUCUUCUAAAGGAAAAGUUCACAGCAAGAUGAAUUCAGGAAUCAUCGCCUUGUUGUUGCUCCUGUCUCUGGCAUUAGCCAAUUGUGGUAAUGUGCUGCUGUUCCCUCAGGAGACUGACACGGCCUAUGUGCAGCUCACCCCAAAGAAACCUCUGAAUUUACAGGCUUUCACUCUUUGCAUGCGUGUUGCUUCUGAACUCAAUAACAAGCGUGAGACCAUCCUGUUCGCUUACCGCACUAGUCAAGCUGACGAGCUCAAUGUAUGGCAGGAGAACGGAGUAUACGCUCUUUAUCUGAGAAGCAGUCAUGAAUGUGUUACGUUUAAACUACCGCCACUGUCUGUUGUCCCCAUUCACCUGUGUCUCACCUGGGAGUCGACAACCGGUGUCACCGUGUUUUGGGUGAACGGACAACGCACCAUGCUGAAAAUCUACAGACGCGGGUUUAGUGUAAGUCCAGGUGGAGCUAUUAUUAUUGGACAGGAUCUUGACUCGCUUCUUGGCAGCUUUGACAAAAAUCAGAGCUUCGUGGGUGAAAUUACAGAUGUACACAUGUGGGACAGUUUCCUGGGUGCAGGUCAGAUUAAGCAGCUGUAUGAGGAUCAGUGUCAUGCUCCCAGGGGAAAUGUCCUGGACUGGAAUUCUCUGGAGUAUAAAAUCAAUGGGAAUGUUGUUCAGGUGUCUGGGCCAGAAGCCUAGCUUUAAAAGUCACUUUGUCUGACAUCUGCUUCUACGUUUCUCUUUGUUCAUUUCCAUUUCCAAUCAUAUAUGUAAUUAUUAAUACUGACUAAUUAAUGCAUGUAAUUAUUUUUAGAAUAAUAUCCGUUAUCUGUGUUUAUUUUUAGUUUUCCUUUUUUUUCCAUAUCUAACUUUAAAUGUGUGCAUCAUAAAAGUUUUGUUGGAGGAAUUCUUUGAAUAAAUCCUACAAAAUA